AUGACGGACCCGACGGAGAACCCGGCGACCGCGCGCUUCCAGGAGUACCUGAGGAUCCGCAGCAUCCAUCCCGAGCCCGACUAUGAUGGAAUCAGACGCUUCCUGUUCAAGAUGGCGGAAGAGAUCGGCCUGGAGAGCAGAACGCUGGAGUUUGUUCCAGGAAAGCCGAUCUUCAUCCUCACCUGGCCGGGGACGCAGCCUCACCUCAAGUCCGUCAUCCUGAAUUCUCAUACAGAUGUGGUUCCCGUGUUUGAGGAAUUCUGGACGUUUCCUCCGUUCUCGGCCCACAAAGAUGAAGAUGGGAACAUCUACGCAAGAGGGACCCAGGACAUGAAAUCCGUCACUAUCCAGUAUCUGGAAGCUGUGCGUCAGCUGAAGGCUGAGGGGGUUCGGUUCCCGCGUACCAUCCACCUGACCAUGGUCCCAGACGAAGAGAUUGGGGGUCACACCGGGAUGGAAAUCUUUGCGGAACACCCCGAAUUCCGAGCACUGAACCCCGGAAUUACCCUCGAUGAAGGUCUGGCGAACCCCUCGGAUGAGUUCAGCGUGUUCUAUGGAGAGAAGUGUGUGUGGUGGAUAACCGUCCAUUGCAGAGGAGACCCCGGACACGGCUCCCGGUUCAUAGAGAACACCGCCGCCUCCAAACUCCAUUCCGUCAUUAACCGUUUCCUGGAACUGAGAGAGAAGGAGAAGAGGAGAUUGCAGUCCAGUCCCGGCCUCACACUCGGAGACGUCACCACCGUCAACAUGACCAAAGUGAACGGAGGGGUCUCCUGCAAUGUGAUUCCCACCGAAAUGUCGGCGACCUUUGACCUCCGCAUCCCUCCGACCGUCAACUUACAGGAGUUUGAGUCCCAGAUCGAGGGAUGGUGCCGUGGUGCUGGUGAUCAGGUGACCUGGGAGUACCACCAGAAAUGUAUGAAUGAGAGGAUCACAACCCCGGAUGACAGCAACCCUUGGUGGAAAGCGUUCAGCGACCCCUGCAAGGAGCUGGGUUUGAAGCUGAAGCCGGAGAUCUUUCCCGCGGCCACUGACAGCCGUUACGUUCGGACGGCCGGUUACAAUGCCCUCGGCUUCUCCCCCAUGAACAACACCCCCAUCUUGCUGCACGAUCACAAUGAGUAUCUGAACGAGGGCGUCUUCCUGCGCGGGAUCGAGAUCUAUAAACGCAUCAUCCCGUCUCUGGCCGCCGUCGCCCCGCUGGACGGGGAACAGGAACACUAGA